AAACUCCUCCAUGAACUCCAGAAACAUGGCUGAUUUUGAUGCAAUCGAGUACGUGAUAGCUGAGGACCCGGACUCCUAUCCGGACAGUGCGGUCCUAAGUCAUGUCCCAGAUCCUGUUCUCGUCAGAGGGUCAGGUCAUGUUACUAUAUUUGGUUUGAGCAAUAAAUUCAACACAGACUUUCCACAGGAACUUGCAGCUAAGGUUGCCCCUGAGGAAUUCCGAGGUACUGUAGAGCGUAUCAACGCUGUCUUACACAAGACGAUGCCGAUGACGUUAAAGUGGCUAGUAUGUGGCUGUCUAUGUUGCUGUUGUACCCUUGGAUGCUCGCUGUGGCCAGUAGUCUGUCUCACAAAAAGGACGAGACACAUGGUACAGAAAGCACUAGACUGGGAGAAUAGUAAGAUGUACCAUAAACUGGGACUACAUUGGUCUCUAGCCAAGGAGAAAUGUGAAUCCAGCAAUAUGAUGGAAUAUGUUUUAAAGAUAGAAUUUAUACCCAAGGUGUCCAUCCUCAAGCCGGAUUGAUGUAGUGGACGUUCUCUUUUUCUACAAUCUUCUCGCUAUGAACGGGGUCGACGGCUUCCCAUCAUAAACAAGUCAGUUGGUCCCUAGGUAUUUCGCUCCAGUUCCAUUUAUCAACUUAUUGUACUGAUACAUAUAUGAACAUGUAUGUAUAUAUAGGUAUGCUGUGCAUAUAUAUAUAUUUUUUAAUGAGGCUGUUGACUAUAACAGCACCUAAUAUUUAACGAGAUACUUCAAUUUGCUGAACUGUUAAGAUUCAGAUAACUAGUCAAAUUAUCAUAGAAUGUAUAGGGUUAGUGACCGGUUCCCUUCCGAAGUGUGUCAUACAAAAUUGAAUCCGGGAAGUCUUCUGCAAAGCAGGUCUUUAGAAUUAGGCUCCUACUUCUGUUUUCGCCCUUUUAGUAGUCAUACAUGUACCUCUAAAGAAAUCCUUUGCUGGUUUCUAAGCAAUAUUUAGAGUGUCCAAGUUUGUGUGUGUGUAGUGCGUCAUGUUAGAGAAUGGAACCAGUGGUGUGUCUAUGUAUGCUCUGACGAGAGUGCGUAUUCCUGGUUAUCCAAUACCUGUUUCGGUUGAAGUGGCCAUUGGUACAUCACUGGUCAAUAAUUGAAACAGUUUUUGAUUCCAGCAACUCAUGGUCCACUCAUAGGAACUUCAGGCGUAUUUUGACCGCAGAGCCAUCUGUGAUUCCAGAAAACAGUUUGUGGCUUAGUGGACUCGAUUUGAACAUGUUGAAUAGUUGAGCAGAUUCCUGGUGUUCAAGCCACAGCGGAGAAUUUGAGCCUAAAAUUUUAAGCCUACAAUUUCCCCCAUCAUAAUAAAAAAAACAUAGUACAGAGCCCUAGAAGUGCCAUCUGAUUCUUUGGGACCCUUAGCUACAGUUAUCUUAUGAAAAACAAUUUCUGUUGCAGAAGUUUAAAAUGACAAUUUGCAUUUAUUUGUCACCCAAUCGUAACCACCUCUACAAUUAAUCCAUCCACAUUUCUGUGUUCCCCGACUUGAGCAUCUGUACAAUCUAAGCUUAAACUGACCAUCCACAUUUCUGUGUUCCCGAGCCUUAUCUAAAGUACAAUGGAAGCUUAAAGUGACCAUCCACAUUUCUGUGUUCCCGAAUCUAAACUCCAGUACAAUGGAAGCUUAAACUGACCAUCCACAUUUCUGUGUUCCCGAAUCUAAACUUCAGUACAAUGUAAGCUUAAACUGACCGUCCACAUUUCCGUGUUCCCGAACCUAAACUCCAGUACAAUGUAAGCUUAAAGUGACCAACUAAAUUUUUCUGAAUUUAAACUCCCAGGGGUCCAAACAACGCAUCCUUGGCUGAUUGGCCGUACGCAUAAGAACCAGAGAAAUGUAUCAAGCAUGAUAUGUAAAUGACUUGAUGACGGCAUUCGGGUCACUUUUUAAAAACAUCAGUGAAUCUUUUUUAAACCUUGUUUUAGUGACACUUGGGUCUUUAUUACACUCCAGCAAACAAGAAAUUAAACAUAAAGUUUAUUUUUUAGUCUCAUUCAUGUACUUCCUUAAGGAGUUAUCUCUAACCACUUGACAUAAGUGAUCUUCUUGCUUUCAUUGGUGAGGUAGAGACUGAGGCAAGUUCAACAAACCUGGCUGCUACAGAAGUUGUCAACUGCUCGCCAGUCUUUCGAAUGUC